AUGUCGACCUCCCUCCCCCCUCGCGAAUGGACACGUCCAAACCUCCUCAUAUCAACCAAACCAGAACUCAUCCAACCACAGGCCAUCCAAGCAGCUUUCGAUUCCGAGUUCAUGUACUGGGCCAAACCAAUGUCCGAAGAUGGUCUAAAGAGAAUGCUAUCAAAUUCAUUGUGCUUCGGCUUGUACAACACUUCAUCUCCAGAUAAACCACAAAUUGGAUUCGCACGUCUCAUCACUGAUCAAGUUACAUUCGCUUAUCUCACAGACGUCUAUAUCUUACCGGCUCAUCAGUCGUCUGGCCUAGGGAAGUGGCUUGUGAGCUGCAUCCAAGAACAUCUGGAGUCGUGGCCGGAAUUGAGGGGGACGUUGUUGUAUAGUGAUGACAAAGAGGGUCCGGUGCGGUUUUAUGCACAGGGAAUGGGGAUGAAGCCGUAUCCGCAGGGUAAAGAUGGGUUGCUUAUUUUGACGAGGAGGUUUAAGGGGAGUGCUAUGAGUGUUCCAGGGGAGUAG